AAAUAUACAUUUAAAAAUGAUCUAUAAAAUAGUUUAUUAAUGACAACCACCUGUUCCCUAUUUCAAACAGACAAUAAUGUUACAUUGAAAGUACUCAGAUAAAACAAAGGGAAGAAAAUUGUAAGACAAUGCAUGGGUUUUCAAAAGCAAAUAUGUAUUUAUAGGAUUUUAACUGAUCCAACUUGUAGCUUAAUCUUCUUAAGUACUAAAAACCAGAGUUUACUGGUGGCUACAGUAGUUAUUACAUACACAUCAUACUAAAUGGGUUGGCAGAUCACUUUUUCAUGUUCACACCACAAUACUGUCCAAGCUGCUUCCAUAACAUAACAUCAGCAGUAACCAUUCGACUCUAGAGACGGAUACACACCAGACAGAGAAUCUAACAGUCCUUUUUUUUAUUUGAAAGGUUUACAACCAUCCAAGAAAAUGGGAAUCCAUUGUUAUGCUUCUAAGUUAAUCCAUCUUGACAUAUAGCUGCACUAACUUCAAAUGAGAACAAAUACAACCAGAACAUCAACAACAGUGCAAUGUAUAAAUGCAGCUGAUGAGUUUGACCAUUGCUUCAAGAUUAAGCAUGUAAUUGUGACAGAUAUACAUGUAGCCAAAUGUUUUACAAAUUCUUUGUAAAGAACACAAAUAAGGAUAUCUUCUGAUGACAUGCUGGUACAAGUGUCCAUCGUAAUGUUUCUUCUCGAGACGUCAUUCAGUGCAGAUAUCACCUACCACAUAAAAGAGGGUCAAGGACCCAACACCAUUGUGGGAGAUGUUGCUGAUGACAUUCACGUGUUAGAAAAUGUUAUAUUACAUAAGUACAACCAUAUAACAUUUAGUCAACUGCAAAAGAGUGGAAAUUUAAAUUUGUUCAAUGUAACAAAAACGGGAAAACUGUAUACUGCAGUGAUCUUGGAUGCUGAAUCUCUUUGCAAAUAUAAUACAGAAUGUCAUAGUAUGGUCGAUGUAGCUGUUCGGAAUAAAAAAUCUUUCAUAAGUAUUAUUGAAAUAAAAAUAAUAAUCAGUGAUGUCAACGACAAUUCUCCAGAAUUCAUGCAAGACUCCAUCAAACUCCAAUUUUCAGAAACAGAUGGAAAAGGAACAUCAAAAUCUAUUCCAAAUGCCUUUGAUCGUGAUGUUGGUUUCGAAAAUUCAAAGAUUUCAUACCAGCUUUUACGGUCCAAAGACGAUCCAUUUAUAUUGGCAGUAUCCCAGAAAGUAGAUGGUUCUGCUGAGUUGGAAAUAACCUCAACCCAAAUGCUGGACAGAGAAAUCAAAGCUACAUAUAAUCUUCAAAUUAUAGCUCAAGAUGCUGGAACUCCACCAAGACAAAACACCUUAAAUGUUCAAAUUACUGUUGAAGAUGAAAAUGACAAUCAGCCUGUGUUUGAACAAAAUGUAUACAAUGUGUCAAUCAUGAGUUCCCAUGACCAAAGCAUGCUAAUCAUUACGCUUACUGCAAAUGAUCGAGAUGUUGGUGAAAAUGGUAGAAUAAGCUAUUAUUUCGCUUCUAAAACUUCAGAAUCAACAAAAUCUAAUUUUAAUUUGAACAAAAGAACGGGAGAAAUUUCUCUGAAUCAAGAUGCUUCGUUAAAAAGAAAGCAAGUUUAUAAUUUGUAUGUAAGAGCAGAAGAUGGUGGUACUCCUCCAAAGAGCUCCACUGCAGCUGUUAUAAUAAAUGUCAUCAAUCAGAAGAACAGUGCACCAACUAUUGAUGUGAAUUUUUUUUCUGAGCCAAUAGAAGGUGAAAUUACUAUUCCUGAAGAUAUAUCAGUUGGUAGCUUUAUUGCAUACAUAAAAGUCACAGAUGAAAAUAAGGGUGAAGAUGGAAAUGUAUCUUGUACUAUUGAUAAUCACCUAUUCCAGUUACACAGUCUAGGAAAUAUGAAGUACAAAAUGGUCAUUCAAAAUCCUGUUGACCGAGAAAGAGAAAGCAAACUCAACUUAACAUUGAUCUGUCAAGAUAAAGGUACCCCUCCCCUAAAGACCAUAAAAAGAUUCUCAGUUCUAGUUACUGAUUUCAAUGAUGUUCAUCCGCAGUUUUCUAAGGAUUUAUUUAAAUUUCUAAUCUACGAGAAUGAAAACCCUAAUUUUCCUGUUGGCUUUAUUAUCGUUACUGAUCCUGACCUUGGACCUGGAGGUCAGCUGACUUAUUCAAUUUUGAAUAAGAGCAAAGAAGCUCUUCCAUUUGAAAUCUCAAACCUUGGAUUCAUUUCAGCAACUGAAUCCCUGGACAGAGAAAAGUGCAGUGAAUAUAAGUUUAAGGUUUUUGUAAAAGACAAUGGAAUACCAUCUCUUAACAACACAGCGGAUGUUAUUGUGGAAGUUGUUGAUAAAAAUGACAAUCCCCCGUAUUUCACAUUCCCUAACGUAAAUCCUUUUAGUCUUGAUGUCCACUACCAUUCACAAAAUAAGCAAGAUAUAAUAGUUCUUGAAGCUUCUGACAGGGAUAUUCAUAUGAAUGCUUUCCUUAGUUAUGAAAUUAUUGGUGGGAAUGAAAGAAAUUUAUUUAAAAUCAAUCCAUAUUCUGGUGUAUUGUCUUUCACUCGUCCCAUUUAUCAAAGUGAUGCUGGCUUUUAUAGCCUGCAAUUUAUGGCUAAAGACAGCGGAUCACCAAUUCUCUCGACUGUGACUAAUUUAUCUUUGACACUGACAACAAGCAACAAAACAACCACUGUUUUAACCCCGGUCCAUUCCAUGUCAGCUAAGAAAAUUCACAUCAAUUUGAUGAUAGUCCUGUUAGUGGCAGCUGUUAUAUUUUCUAUUACUCUGGUAGUUUCACUGACAAUAUGCAUCGUAAGGAAAAAUAACAGUAGAAAUAUACAUCAUAAUGAUGGAUUUUAUAAUGACAAAUAUGUUGACUAUGUCAGUAGAGAAAUACACCCUCCGUAUGAUAUGCCAGUAACUAUGGAAACAAAGUAUGGGAAAAAGACCAUUUCUCAAGCAACUUUACAUAAACGCCAACACCAUUCUGGAUAUAUUGAUAAAUGGAAGUCUCCGUCAGUUGGACUACAACUCCACGAUGUCUCAGAUGAAUUAUAUCAGGUGACGGAAAUAAGUCAUGGAAAAGACAAUAAAAAAGGACAUUUAGCUACAGCAACUGAUCAUUUCUCUGAAAUGUCAACGAUGUCUUCUUUCACAGACAGUGGACAUGGGGGCAGUGAAGCUGAUACUGGAUAUUAUGAAGAACUACCAUGUUUUAGAAAUGACCACAACACAAGGACUUCAAAUCAUGCAGAUUCCAGAAAUUUCUUUUUAAGCAAUCCUCAUCAGCCCACCAACUACAAUAACACAGUCGACUUAAAGUCUUUUAAAAUUGGUAACAGCAAUAGUAGUAGUAUUAGCAGUAACCCAAGACAAACAACUCAAAUUCAGAAGCAACCAUCAACAAAAUCAACUGGUGGCAAUACAUUCUUAUCAAAACCACUUCCGCCAAUACCGAAUAAUUAUUCUUAAUUAUAAUCUUACCAACCUCAGCAAGAGACAAAUCAUUUCUGGAAGGAAUUUUUUCUGAAAAAAAAAAUACAUAUUAAUCAUUAAUGAACUGUAAAGGCUGGUGAAAAUCUUUGAAUUUCUCAUAUGAAGAAAUGUUGAAAGGAAAAUUUAAAAAAGAAAAAAAAAAAAAAAAUUUAAUUUCUGAAGUACUGUAAAGCAAAGCAGCAAUUAAUUAAGAAAUAUAUAAUUUAAGCUAUUCUGGAAAAUAUCUAAAUACUAUCACUUGCUUCAGAGAAGCUGUAGGAUAGUACUAAUACAGCAGAUAGUAAUAAUAUACACACCUUGUAAGCAGUGUUGUUUUUCUUUUUAAAAUGAAUGUACAAACUAAUGAAAUCUUUAAAAAAAUAUGUCGCUGUAAAAAAAAAAAAAAAAAAAGAUGCAUAUAUUCUAUCUUUGGUUUAUUAAAAGUCUAAGUGAU